GUAUGAACCUCUGUUCACUAGCGAGCGCUUUUUUUUGUAUCAAUUUAAACACUUUAUCCCGGUCCAGUUUGAACUUUGCCGGGCUAAUAUAAUUCUUUAAGGGUCUCUUUAACAAAAACAACCCGCGUCGGAGGUCCACAUUUGAUUCUAAAGGUAGACGAAGAGUGGCAACCGGUAGAAGACAAUACAUUGCACGGCGUUAGCUAUCUUUACCACCUCUAGCCCCGGUUAUUGUGUGGAUGUGUGUGGCCAGAUAAACCGGGAUUAAACCCGAAUACGCAUCUCUUACAGUGUAUGUGUGGCAACAACAUGUCUGUGCCGCUGCUCGCCGAGGCUGUGACGAUGUCUGGGGUGGAGAAGGACACUGCGGCGGUGAUUUUCCUUCAUGGGUUAGGAGACACAGGGCACAUGUGGGCGGACGCUUUGAAGUCGAUCCAGCUGCCUCAUGUCAAGGUUAUCUGCCCCCACGCGCCCAAAAUGCCUGUGACUCUCAACAUGAAGGUGAAGAUGCCGGCCUGGUUCGACCUCAUGGGACUCACCCCCGACUCCCCAGAGGACGAAUCUGGAAUCAAGAAGGCGGCGGAUAACAUCAAGGCCAUAAUCGAACACGAGGCCAAAAAUGGGAUUCCACCAAACCGUAUAAUGCUCGGUGGCUUCUCUCAGGGUGGGGCCUUGUCCUUGUACACCGCCUUGACCUGCCAGCACCAGCUGGCUGGGGUGGUGGCCCUCAGCUGCUGGCUCCCACUUCACAAGAGUUUCCCAUCGGCGGCCAGCGGCAACAAGCAGCUCCCUGUGCUGCAGUGUCACGGCGAGAUGGACCUCAUGAUCCCCGUGCAGUUCGGCGCCAUGACCGCAGAGAAACUCAAAUCCAUAGUCAACCCUCAGAUGAUCACCUUCAAAACCUACCCAGGGCUUUCUCACAGCUCCUCUCCUGAGGAGAUGGCGGCUGUAAAGGAAUUUAUCGAGAAGCAUUUGCCUCGGAUCUGACCUCACCUCCUCCCUACUGUGACCCCCCCUCUCCACCCCCUCACCCCUCUCCCCACCUCCCCCUCCGAGACACUGACCUCUCACCCGUGAUCUGCCAUUCUCCGACAGGAAACAGCCAUGAGCACCACCACCCACACACACACACAAACACAAACACACAAACACAAACCUUUUCCACUCGCAUCACAACACGACAAAUAAGCUCAUGACACUUACACGUAAAUAAAAAUAGUAAAGAUUCGAAACUAAAUGGCGCCUGACAAGUCUUAGCCCUCGGAGGGAGAAACACUGAUGCAUAACAUUCCCUUUGAUUUUUAUUUAAUCCUCUUCUGCUUCCAUUCCUUCGCUGCCUCUCCUUUUCCCUCUUGAGCGGCUGUGCGUCAGGCGACUGUUAAAAGUGGAGUCAGACCAGAUUGAUCGUCGCUUUUACAGAUUCAUUCACAUUAAACUUGGAUGUGUGGCCUCUCCGAGCUCCAGCAGAUCUGAGAGAGGAGGUGGUCUGGGCCUUUUUAUUUAGUCCUGCAGAGGAAAUAAACCUUCAUAUGCGUUAUAUAAUUUACAGGUUUGUGGGCUAGUAGCCGUGCUAGCGUCCACAGUUUAUGUUUACAGCCACGCCUACGCUACGUCCUCCUGCUUUUGGCCGCACCACACACACACCAAACACACACCAUGCACACACAUUUCUGGUCUGACUCAUGUGCAGCGAGCGCCGGUUUUCAGAGCAGCUGGUUUCCCACCGACCUCAUCCAUCCCAUCCUACCCCCGCGACGCUUCACUGCAGCCUGUCUGGGUCCUGCAUGGUGCAUUAUUGACUGAAACAUCCCAUGUGAGUCAUAUAUAUGAACAAAACCCAACUGAAAUAAAGUCAAAUACAAUCCAUCGACGCUCCUGCUGCCCUGUGCCGUUUCUUUUGAACCUUUUCACAGCAUGUGACCUGUUUGGCAUCUUGCAUGUACAUUUAUUAUUUUUAAAUGCGAUUGCAGGCAUGAAAUAAUAUUAAUAAUAAUGAUAAAAAAAUAAUGCAUCACUCCAGAUGGUUGCAGACCCACACAGGCUGCACACCAACGAGUCGUCUCACUGUACCUCCCACGGACACUUCUCCCACUCUCCUUCUUCACAUUCUUGAUUUAAACCCCGUCUAAACCUCCUUCCUCCAUUUCUCCUCCCAUGACACCAAGGUUUAAAGGAGUUUUAAACUUUUAUCCCUCCCCAACACACAAAAAAAAAAAAUACAUCUGAGCUCCCUCCUUUGGCUGCCUAUUGUAACCCACUAAUAUAAUAUUAAUAUUAAAAGGUCAGAUUUAAAACUUAACCCCAACACUAUUAUACGUCUUUUAAAUAAAUAAAUAAAAGAAAAUGGCUAUACACUGGGAGAGCUUUGGCAAGAAGCUUUUUCCAACGUAACUGAAGGGUGACGCGACAUUUUAAAAUGUUAAUCUUGAACAACUUGUGAUCCUUGGACAUAGGAGUGUAACUGAGGAGUCGUGUGUGCUUAAAAGUAUAUAUAUCGGGUGUUCUACAUUUAUUUUGUUUUUGUUUUUUUUCCUUUUGUGAAUGUUAAUUUUCUCUCCUCGUGAUUAACUGUUCUGUUCUAUUGCUGUUCUGAUUUUAAACACAACAAAAAAAGAAAAACGUUAGAAAAGGAGGAACGACGUCUGUUUUGAUUGUUGUUUGCAAAUCACGAAUGUGUCUCUCAUCGCCUCGAGUCCUUUUAUAUUUUUCCGUUACGCUGAAUCUUGAAAGCACUCGACCUUUUAUUUAGUUUUCUCCCCUCUUUGACCAUUUUUUAUCAUUAUUCCAUUUCCCCCUGGUCUCGUAUCAUUUUUUUCCCUGAGUUCUCAGUGGUUUAAGUCUUUGCAAAUGUGUUUUGUUGUUUAUGUUUUGUCAUUGUCGUCAUCUCAUCCUUUAUUUUGUGUCCGUUUAUAAUGAUGAGCAUUAAUAAAAACGUGUUGAGGUGAGACUGGAGGUCUCGCCGCUUGUUUUGUUUUCAAAACACCUGUAUGUGGAAUAAAUGACCAAAAAAAAUCCAAAAAAA